AUGUCUUUCCUCGGUGGUGCCGAAUGCUCGACCGCGGGAAACCCGUUGACACAGUUUACGAAGCAUGUUCAAGAUGACAAGUCUCUUCAACGAGACAGACUCGUCGGGCGUGGGCCCGGUAUGCAAGAGGGCAUGCGCUCUCAGGGGAUGAUGGGAGGCCACGACCAGAUGAUGGACGAGUUCGCCCAACAAUCAGCCCAGUUACCGGGAGGUGUAAAUCAGCAGAUGAGGAUGGAGAUGGAACAAGUCAGACAUCAAUUAGAACAAUUCCAGCAGACACCCCGGACAGGCUCGCCCGGUUGGGCGGCCGAGUUUGACCCCGGAGACCAUGCUCGCAUGGAGGCUGCCUUUGCCGGGCCCAAGGGUCCUAUGAUGAAUAACAGCUCCGGCUUUACGCCUGCCGAGUUCGCUCGCUUCCAACAACAGAGUACCAUGAGUGUUCCUCAAUCAGCUAGCCCCGUUACUGCGGGUCAGUCACCAAUGAUGAGUGGUUACCAGCGACCUAUGGGUAUGGGAUACAUGGGUUACGGGGGAAUGGGGAUGAUGCAGCCCGGUUAUAGCCCCAUGAUGCACCAGCAGCAACACCAACAGCCGGCGGAAGCCACCGCUCAGGAUAAGGGGAAAGGACGGAUGAUUGAGCUGGACGACGAGAACUGGGAGGCUCAGUUCAAGCAGAUUGAGUUGGCGGAUAACGAGCAACUGGAUGACGAGGCCAACGCAGCCAUAGAGGCGGAGAUGAACGAUCUUGACAGGUCAGUCCACCAAACUUCAGACAAUCUGGAGGAUAAAUUUCGUGGUAUGGAAGAAGCGUGGGAAAGAGCUCAAGCUGAGGUGGCAACAAAUAGGAAACUCGCCGAGGGGGUUAAUGACUUUGAUAUCAACGACAACCUGCACAUGGGUGAUAUGAGUGAAUGGGAUGGAUUCGAUAACCUCACUACCCGAUUCAAGGAACCUCGAUUGGGUGAUUAUACGUUUGAGGAGGAAAACGUCUUCCGCAACGUGACUAACCCGUUCGAGGAGGGGAUGAAGAUUAUGCAAGAGGGUGGUAACUUGUCUUUGGCAGCGUUGGCAUUCGAGGCUGCGGUGCAAAAGGAUCACGAGCAUGUAAAAGCGUGGACUAUGCUGGGUACUGCUCAGGCUCAGAACGAGAAGGAGCUCCCCGCUAUUCGGGCACUUGAGCAGGCUCUCAAGGUUGACCCGAACAACCUCGAUGCCCUUAUGGGUCUGGCUGUCUCAUACACAAAUGAAGGAUACGACUCCACGGCGUAUCGAACAUUGGAGCGCUGGCUGUCCGUCAAGUAUCCUCAGAUCAUCAACCCUGACAAUCUCUCCUCAGAUGCCGACUUAGGUUUCACUGACCGUCAAAUCCUUCAUGAACGAGUUACAGACCUUUUUAUCCAAGCGGCCCAGUUGUCACCCUCCGGGGCGCAGAUGGAUCCUGAUGUCCAGGUCGGUCUUGGAGUACUAUUCUACUGCGCGGAAGAAUACGAAAAAGCCGUCGACUGCUUCACAACGGCGCUGGCGAGCACAGAGUCAGGAACGACGAACCAGAAGGAGCAGCUUCAUCUUCUGUGGAACCGCCUGGGAGCUACGCUCGCCAACUCCGGCCGAUCAGAGGAGGCUAUCGAAGCGUACGAACAGGCGUUGAACAUCAAUGCAAACUUCGUCCGCGCACGAUACAACCUGGGUGUGUCCUGCAUCAACAUCGGUUGCUACCCAGAAGCUGCCCAGCAUCUGCUCGGCGCCCUUUCCAUGCAUCGUGUCGUUGCGGAAGAAGGCCGGGAACGUGCCCGAGAAAUCAUCGGAGGCGGCGACGGCAGCGGCAUCACGGAUGAACAGCUCGAUCACAUUGUGCACCAGAACCAGAGCACCAACCUGUAUGACACACUGCGACGAGUAUUCAGCCAGAUGGGUCGACGGGAUCUGGCGGACAUGGUGGAGUCGGGAAUGGACGUCAACGUGUUCCGAAAAGACUUUGAAUUUUGA